CCACCCCUACACCCACCCACCCACCCACUUUUUUUACAUGCUAUUAUACUGGUGGCAUACCCAGGAACAUGCCUUGCGACUACACAGUUGCAGCAGAACAGAGGAAGCGCCAUCAAUCAUCUCCAUCUAGGACAAAUGGCGAUGGAUGCCACUCUGAGCCGAAGAGCUGCUAAGGACGGACGAGAACAGAUGAUGAACAAUAACAGUGGCGAGAAGAUGAACCAGACACCACCAGCGGCUGGAAUGCGGUGGUCCUUCAGUUAUAUUGUUCGCUUGCUUGGGCAACAUCCCUCACUAUGUCUUUUUGGUUUAUCUCUCCUUUUUUUUAUGGGCGUUGAAUACACCAUCCGAAUGAUCCCUUCCACUUCUCCUCCUUUUGACAUAGGCUUUGUCCUCACUCACUCACUCAAUAACUUUCUCUCCACCCAUCCCUCCCUCAACUCCGUCCUCGCCGCACUCAACACUGUUUUCGUUGUCAUGCAGACUACUUACAUUAUUUGGACUCUCUUAAUGGAAGGGCGGCCCAGGGCAACUAUUUCUGCUCUGUUCAUGUUCACUUGCAGGGGCAUUCUUGGAUGCUCCACCCAACUUCCUCUUCCAAAGGAUUUCCUGGGAUCUGGAGUCGAUUUUCCAGUGGGCAACGUCUCUUUCUUCUUGUUUUUCUCGGGACAUGUGGCUGGGUCGGUGAUUGCAUCUGUGGACAUGAGGCGGAUGAAGCGGUACCAGAUGGCUCGGUGUUUUGAUGCCUUGAACGCACUUCAGGCUCUGCGCCUGCUGGCCACCAGGGGCCACUACACCAUUGAUCUGGCUGUUGGGGUUGGCGCAGGCUUGUUAUUUGAUAACCUCGCCGGAAAGUAUGAGAGGGGGUCUGCAAAAAGUAAGCACGGGGGAUCAUGUUGUUGCAACUGUGGAUUCUUCACAUGACCCGCCAUGGAUAACUUUUUUUUUAGAGUUUAUUUUCCUAUUGUUUAUCAUCAUUAUUUUUCUAUCUGUACUAAACUCUAUUUCUUUAA